UGGGACCCCCGGCCCCGGCCGCCCUCUCUCCCCUGUCCCGUUAGACCCCCCGCCCUGCGCGCACGCGCCGUCCCUGUUCCCUGCGCCCAGCGGUCGCGCCCCAGCCACGACCCCAGCCGCAGCUCUUAUAGCUCUUAUAGCCUCGGAAGUCCCUGGGGUCAAAUUCCUGGGGAGGGGGUUCUGAUCCCUUGGAACUCUGGCCCCCAUCACUCGGGCGGAGAAUCAGCCAAAAUUCCUACGAAGUCACAGAGUAAAAUUGGAAAACGUAGCCAGGACCUCCCGGCACACGCCUGGCGCCUCCUGCCCUCCUCUAGAUGGGUGCUCCUGGAGGAUGUGUUCCCCCCAUCCCCCAACCCCGCCACUGUCUUCUGUCCUGGAGUUGGGGGACAGGGACGCUGUGAGGGACGCAUGUGGGUGCCCUUGAUCCAGCUCAGCCUGACGACUAGAAAGGAAAGAUGCCUGUUGGGAUGGGCCUCCAGGACCCAGCAGUGGAGGGUACAAGGAGGACCAAGGAGUUCUCAUCCAAGAUAGGGACUCUCCAGCCAGCCCUGGAGCCUGCUGGGGGGCGCCCUGCCCCGCAGCACCGCCCAUUUCCCAGAGGUGGGUCCCCUGGGGGUGAAGGGGUUCGUUCUGCCCAGGUCUCUCUUCCUUGAUCUUCACUGGCCAGUGUGGAGGUGUGGCCGGGAGGAGCCCAGGUUUGUCUAGACCAGAGUCAGCCUGGCCCAAGCGUGACCACUUCUGACCUCUCCUUUCUUCACCCUGGGCAGUGAGACACACCAGAUGAGGAACAUGAGAAGGGGUGAAAACCACAAAUGUGUAUCUGUUUCUGCAGGGGUGGAGGGGGAGUGUCGGCCCCCUGCCCAGCUAUGCAGGGGGUGGGGUAGGACUUUUCCAGAGAGGGAGCCAGGCCUGGCCCUGGCCCCAAGAGCUCACGCCCCCACCCCUUACUUCUCCAGGGAACUGCCAAAGCCAAACCCAGCUCAGGACAGGAUUAUGUGUACUGGGUAGACCCAUGGAGGAAGAGGUAGCAGAGAGAAGCAGAGGCAGAGAGGGAGUAGAGAGGGGACCCGGACCUGGCAGCAAGAAGAGGCAGUGAUCGUCACCCCAUCUCUCCUUUCCUUCAACCUCCAGUAACAGAGUCAGGCAGAGAGCUGAAGUUUUGGGUGGAACGUUGGCCCUUCUCUGGAGCCCCUACACCCACCCCCAUCAGGGCGGAGUUGCUGACCUCAAUGGUCAGCCCAGCCAAGGGAAGGAGCAGCCAUCAGCAACCCCCUUCCCAACCCCAAGCAGCUGAGGAGACCCUGCAGCUCAGGCUCAACCACUGUGAUCCCUCCCUUAACUGCAAGUCCUGGGGUCUCAGGGAGGGAAGUGGGGCUGAGAGUUGCUACCCCCAAGCACAUUCCUGCCCUUCCCUCUGUCAUUUUCCUGCCCCUGAGCUGGCCCACCUGGCAUUAGCUCCUUGGAUUCCUCUCCCGGGUGCCUUUCGGAUCCAACAGAAACAUUUUUUUUUUUUCCUGGAAAGCAGAACUCUGAGAAGCAUGAGGAGUGGGGGUGGGAAGGGCUCAUUGUGA